AUCUUGGCCAGAAUUAAGGUAUUGUUCAGAGUAUCUUAUCCAAGCUCCAUGAAGUCCAGCGCACAUAGGAACAGAUCUUAGGACUGCAAUUGGCACACCUCGUCCCUUCUCGGCCUGAUUGCUAGCAUAUCGCCGCAUCGCGUCUCCCCCCACGCGUUGAGUAGAGCUUCACCAGCUUCUCUACGGCUUCAUCGCAGCUUUUCCACCGUUUUGCUACAGCUUCACCCCAGCUUCCCCAGCUACAUUCCCCCCUUCUCAAUCCACAGACAUCGCCGCCAUGGACACAAUCCAGGCAAGGCCGCUUCUCACCUCUGCGGCCGUCGCCAUUGCCAGUCUGCUUGGGUAUUUCUUCACCCGUCUGUACAAGGCACGAAUGUUGAUGGCUGAUCUGAAAAAGAUGGGAGUGCCAAUUGCUCCGCGCCAUAAUUUCCUCUUCGGCCACCUGCUCCUCCUCAAGGAGAUGCAGGAGAGGCUACCAGCCGAUGCCCACUAUCAAUACAUGUUCGGUGAGAUCUACCGGGAUAGCUUCGAGAAGACCGGCGUGUACUACCUGGAUCUAUGGCCUAUGGCGGGGAUUUUCAUGGUCAUCCACUCCCCGACCACAGCCAUCUCAGUCACGCAGACCAAUACCCUCAUCUCAAUGCGAAAGGCGGAUUUGCUUCCUCGAUUCUUCAAACCCAUUGCUGGAGGUCCGAACUUAUUCGACAUGCCCGAAUCUGAAUGGAAACCGUGGCGAGCGGUGUUCAAUAAGGGCUUCAACAAUGAGCACUUUCUCAAGCUUGUUCCUGGUAUGGUUAAGGAGAUCAAUGUGUACCGAGAGACCUUGAGGAACCAUGCCAAGAAGGGAGAUAUGUUCUAUCUAGAUACCACCACCCUUCGUUUUACAAUGGAUUUGAUUGGGAAGACAAUCCUGAAUUCUGAAUUGCAUGCCCAAACCGGAUACAACACCCUGGCCGAUUGCAUGAUCAGCCAAAUCCGAUGGCAUGAACCAAGUGCAGCUGUCAACCCAUUCAGUUCCAUCAAUGUGGCUCGUUGGUACAUGGAAUGGUCGAACGGGCGUAAGAUGGACCGCUACAUCAGCGACGAGCUAGACAGGCGGUACAACGAGUACAAGGCCGAUUCGAACGAUACGCGGAGCAAAGCCGUCAUUGAUCUCAUUCUCCAAGCACACAUCCCACAAGACACCAAAGUCAAGCCCGAGAAGCUAGAUCCCGACUUCAAAGCGUUCGCCAUCCGCCAGAUCCGCCUUUUCGUCUUCGCUGGCCACGAUUCCACCAGCAGCACCAUCUGCUACUGCUUCCACCUGCUCUCCAAGCACCCGGAGGCACUGGCCCGCAUCCGCGCCGAGCACGACUCCAUCUUCGGCCCCGACAUCUCCACCGUCUCUGAAACUCUCACCAGCAAACCCCACCUCGCGAAUGACCUCCCCUACACCACCGCCAUCAUCAAAGAGACGCUCCGACUCUACCCACCCGCCAGUUCCAGCCGCCAAGGCUUCAAAGGCGUCUCUUUGGUCGACGACGAAGGCACUAUCUGCCCCACCGACCACGUCGUCUGCUUCAUGGACCACAGCGGCAUGCACCGCGCUCCCAAAUACUGGGUGCGACCGGACGACUUCCUUCCCGAACGCUGGCUCGUCGAGCCCGGCCACGAGCUCUAUCCCAUGAAAGGCGCGUGGCGCCCCUUCGAAAACGGGCCCCGCAAUUGCAUAGCGCAGGGCCUGGUGAUGACGGAGCUGCGUGUCUUGCUGGCCUGCACGGUGCGCGAGUUCGACUUUCGCGAUUGCUAUGACGAGUGGGAUCGUGCGCAUCCUAGGAAGGGGCUGCAGACUUAUCGCGGCGAUCGCGCGUAUCAGAUUGAGGAGGCGGCAGCGCAUCCGUCGGCGCACUAUCCGUGCCGGGUGAGUUUGAGGGCGCAGUAGAGGGAAUGUGAAAGAUCUGCAGGCUAGGAGUAAUAGAAAUGGGAAUGUGUCAUGAGAUACUACAAGUAGUACCUCCCCCAUAGAAUAAUUAGAAAACGCUUUCAUACUAGAUAUAUGCACUGACCAAAUCCCCGG